AUGUUGUUGUUGUUUUUUUCAUCAUCAUCAUCAUCAUCAUCAUCAUCAUCAUCAUCAUCAUCAUCAUCAUCAUCAUCAUCAUCAUCAUCAUCAUCAUCAUCAUCAUCAUCAUCAUCAUCAUCAUCAUCAUCAUCAUCAUCAUCAUCAUCAUCAUCACAUCAUCAUCAUCAUCAUCAUCAUCAUCAUCAUCAUCAUCAUCAUCAUCAUCAUCAUCAUCAUCAUCAUCAUCAUCAUCAUCAUCAUCAUCAUCAUCAUCAUCAUCAUCAUCAUCAUCAUCAUCAUCAUCAUCAUCAUCAUCAUCAUCAUCAUCAUCAUCAUCAUCAUCAUCAUCAUCAUCAUCAUCAUCAUCAUCAUCAUCAUCAUCAUCAUCAUCAUCUCCAUCAUCAUUACAAUCAUUGUUGUUGUUGUUGUUUUGGUUGA